AUGAAGAGCUCGGGUUCCUCCAUCUCAGACGAUGAUGAUGCAUUGUUUAAUGAAAUGUCAACCGUAGGGCGAUCAGUAGUCUGUGUGAUCCUGGGCCUGUCGUUCCUGGUGGGGGUCCCGGGAAACCUGCUGGUGAUCUGGACCAUCCUGAGGCACGUCCAGCAGCGCUCCCACACCGUGGUGCUCAUCCUCCAUCUGGCUGCUGCAGACCUGCUGGUGCUCAUCACCCUGCCCCUGUGGAUCUACUCCCUGGCCCGCUCCUGGGUGUUCGGGGAGGCGUCCUGUAAGGCCAUGGUGUACGUCAUCAACACCUGCAUGUACAGCAGCGUCUUCCUCAUCACCCUCAUGAGCGUCGAGCGCUUCCUUGUCAUCCUGUACCCGUUCAAGAUGUUGCGCUGGAAGACCAAGGCAAUUAUGGACAAGGCUCUAGUGGCUAUCUGGGUUCUGGCUUUCCUUUUAGGGAUCCCAUCCAUUCUUACCAGCUCCAUCGAUGAGAUCGAUGGCACUGAGCAGUGUCUUUUCAGGGAGUACAGCUCAGUGGCCCAAGAGGUGGUGUUCUUAUGCCUGGAGACCUUGGUGGGCUUCGUGGUCCCCUUCUCCACCCUGGCUGUCUGUUCCUGUCUAGUAGCAACACACCUGAGGACAAUGCAUUUCGGCAGCAGCAAACAGAAGUCGACAGUUCUGAUCAGUAGUGUGGUGGUAGCCUUCGUUCUCUGCUGGCUUCCUCACCAUGUCCUCAACACUGUAGACCUAGUCAGCAUCCUGACAGAGGAUCCAGAUGAUGCUGUGCCUGUUUCUGUGGCCCAGACUGCAAUAGUGUUUAUCUCUGGAGCGCUGGCCUUCAUUAGUAGCUCUGUGAACCCUGUGUUCUAUUCCUUCGCUGCAAGGAACUUCCAGGGCAGUCUCCAGGAGUCCCGCAUGGUCAGGCUGUUCCAGGAACUCUCCUCACACACCUCCUCCAAGCUAAGGGGAUCUGGCAACACAAUAGGAUCGGAAAACACAAUAGGAUCUGGCAACACAAUAGGAUCGGAAAACACAAUAGGAUCUGGCAACACAAUAGGAUCGGAAAACAUAAUGUCCUCAGUAAGGCCAGACUGCAACAAUACCACAGACAUAACUACCGUGUAGGACUACAGAGAUGGUCGCGCUGGAUAAGAGCAUUCUGGAUAAGUCGUUCUGGAUAAGAGCGCCUGCUAAAUGACUAAAAUGUCAAAUGAAAACUGUGACCUGAUCAUUGAUUCA